AUGGGUGGUGCAUGUGCACCAUCUAUCUUAAUUAUAGCUUUUGAUACAUAUCCUGUUGAUAGUGAGGAUUACGAUAUUGAGAUGUCUUUAUUUGUACUAAUUGACCAGGCAGAUAAAGAUUUAGAUUCUCAGGCUAUUGUAUCAGGAUUCUAUGAAGGGAAUAAAAGAAUGAAGAUGACAGUUUUUAUGUCGACUUAUUUAAUGAUUCAUAAUAGGUUUAAUGCUUCGAAUAAGUGUCCAUUAAAAAUUUCUUUAAUUGGUAUUCCUCAGGAAAUGCCGAAUGAAAUUAAUAGUGAUGGUAUUAUUCAAACCUUGGUGACAAAUUAUGCUGGGCAGGAGGAAAUGGAGAUAAUUAGUAAUGAGUUCUACAUGUAUGCUAAAGAUGUUAAUUAUAUUGAUGCACAGUUUCUUAACAAAAAGAGUAGUUUUGGUUGUGGUGGUUCUCAGACUUCAUCUUCUAAGAAAAAUAUUUGUUUUAAGCUUUUGGCUACUUAUCAAAGUUUCUUAGAAAUUUUGAAAAUAAAGUUUGAAGUUGAAGAUUUUAAUGGUUUUGUUUAUGGAGGUUUCACAGCUUGUGAAAAUUUUACUAAAAGUGUGGAUAGAAAUUUUGAAAUUGAAAUUUCAAUAGGUUUAGGUAGUGGUUUUGAGUCAAAUUCAGUUAAUAGUUUAUGUUUACAGAAGCAAGUUCAUAGUGAUGCAUCUGAAGGAUCAGUUGGUGCUUCUUAUAUGAAAGAGGUAAAUGAUCAUGCAGAUUUUCAUCAGAAAGAUGAUGCAGAAGGAUCUGUAAAUAAUAGUUCUUAUCAAAAGAAAAGUAAACUUCAGAAGUGUCAAGAAAGUAUGAAACAUACUUUACAUUGUAAUUUAAGGUCUUGUACUUCAGAUAUAAGUUUUUCUAAAGUUUAG